AUGGCGAGCACCAGCAGCUCAACCAUGAGCAGCUCGAGUGGCGACGAGUCUGUGAAUGGGGGGCCGGCGGGCAACAACGGGACCAGAGGCUCAUUUGGAGCUGAGACGGCUGCCAACGACGUCGCGGGCACCAGUGUCUUUCCCAACGGCGACUACCUGAACCGUGUGCUGAGCCGCCUCUCAGCCAGACAGCACGAUGUCUCCUCGGGCCGAACCAGUCGCAACAGUGGCGACACGGCGGCAACGUCCUUUGACGAGGUCCUGGCCAGUCGGGUGGGCCCGAUUGCCUACCAUCCGGUAGGAAGCCCAAACCCCCUACGAGCGCCACAGCCGUCGCUGGCGAGCGUUCUCAGCCGCCAAACUUCGCCCUCAACAGAGGAAACGCCGCUGCCAGCCAUCGCGGCGGUCAAGAUCGACACCUUCACUACCACUUCCUUCGGUCAGAAUCCGAAGUUCAGCGCCACGGCGCAUGCAAUCUUCAACGUGACUGCUGUCCCCCAAAAUGCCUGCAUGGCCGAUGAAUCUGACGCCAGUUCCAACCUCCCCCUCCCGCCCUACCGUCUCAUGGACAACUAUCCUGGAUACUUGACCGACCUCGAAUUCCAGACAUUCAUCUCUGGUCCGGGCACCAAGCUCGUUGAAAUGGGACCACCAACACGCGAAUCACUGCAUCUGGGUGAUAGCUGGGUCACGGUUGUCCAUCUUGGAGUCAAAGAGACUAGCUUGGCUUCCCGACUGUCCAUUUCUGUGCGAUCCAAAGGAAACUCGAGCGCGGCAAGAUCAAUGGAGAAGUCUGCAUCAAUGUCGCUCAUCGACCAAUGGCUUGAUGUUCUUAAAAUGGACAAUCGCAAGAAGAAUGAGCCGGUUGUUGUGACGGCCGUCAUCAAAUAUCGUCAUGCUUUCAUGCCUGCAGACACCUGGCUCAAAACGCGCACAUCCUGCACCCCCGACAUGACUGGCAAGAACAUUGCAGAGGCUGAGAUAAGAACGGCUCGGAAAGGCAAGGCCAAAGCGCACGACUCGGCAGAUCCACCCCCCUACAUGGUCCUUAAUGGUGAUCCUUUGCAGCGUACUCUUCUCGCCGGCAUGGUCGUUCGUGUUCUCGAUCCAGGCGAUGACAGCCUCAGACUACACAGCCUCAGAGGCGUUGUUGGUCCCAGUCAGCCGGCCGUCCGUGCAGUUGAUGCAUUGAGACUUCUCCAGGAGGUCCGUGAGUCUUUCGGAUAUGGCCAUGAUCACUUGAUCAAUAUCGAUCUCGUUGCACUCCAAAACUACUAUCAAGACACCCUGACAAAAGAAACUCACACUACUGAGGCAACUGCCAUCGCUCGCUCUGUUCGCCGUCAUGCUCAGACCAUGGUCAAGAAGUUGUCGCCACAAAAGCUGGCGAAGAAACCUUCUGUGUCUUGUGUACCCACCCCAUCUACAGCGGCUUCUGCGGCUCCUGCACCUACUGCACCUACUGCACCGACUGCAUCUGUUACAGCUUCUGCCGCUCCUCAGGUCGCCCGUAAUGAACCACGAGAAGAUGUGGCAGGACAUGAAUCAGGAACUGGAGUUGGAAGUGGUAGUGCAAGUGGCAGGGCUGUGGUCCGCCAGAGAACCAUCUGGGAGGAGGGAGAAGAUUUCUACGCCCAAAUCAUCGAGGGCCAACCUGGCACCCCCCGCCCUGAUCUCCCAUUGUAG